GAGCCCGCCCCGCGCGUGAGAGAGAGGGCGCUGCCUCAGGGUUCCCCUUUUUCUGCAGCUCAGAGCCUGGGGAAGUGAUUGCUCAAAGGUGGGGGCCGGAAGAACCCAGGUUUCCGCGUCUCCCGCCUCCCCCCCAGCCGGGUUGGGAGGAGCUGGGGCGGGACACCUUGUCCGCCCCCGCCCCCGCCGGGUUGAAUCUGGCAGCCGCUCAGCCCUCCGAGCCAUAGGGGAGGCGCUGCGCCCCCCACCCCAGCCGAUCGGGGGCUCCGGAACGCCUCAGGAGUACCUCCUGCUCUCUGACUUGGGUCCCUGCUGCUGCAGUGCACGCCCCUUCGGCAGCCAGGGUGGGGCUCAGACCCAACCUGGCCCCUCCCGCCCCCGUCCCGCCUUUGGGUCGCUGCACACAGGGCCAGAGGAGGCGGGCCGGCCCCCCUCAAUGUCCAGCCAUGAUGCGGCGCCCCCGGCAGCCCCCAGCCGCAACCCCUGCUGCUUGUGCUGGUGCUGCUGUUGCAGCUGCUCCUGGAAUGAAGGGCGGCGGCGUGCAUGGCAGGCCUCCCGGGAGAGCAAGCUGCAGCCCCUUCCCAGCUGCGACGUAUGUGCCACGCCAAGUCCCGAGGAGGUGCAGAGCUGGGCACAGUCCUUCGACAAGCUGAUGCAUAGCCCGGCGGGCCGCAGCGUGUUCCGGGCAUUCCUGCGCACAGAGUACAGUGAGGAGAACAUGCUCUUCUGGCUGGCCUGCGAGGAGCUGAAGGCUGAGGCUAGCCAGCACGUGGUGGAUGAGAAGGCACGGCUCAUCUACGAGGACUACGUGUCCAUCCUAUCCCCCAAGGAGGUAAGCCUGGACUCCCGUGUACGGGAGGGCAUCAACAAGAAGAUGCAGGAGCCAUCGGCGCACACAUUCGACGACGCGCAGAUGCAGAUUUACACGCUCAUGCACCGGGACUCCUACCCCCGCUUCCUCAGCUCUCCCGCCUACCGCGCCCUGCUGCUGCGGGGGGCCUCCCAGUCCUCCUCUGAGGCCUAGGCUUCCCCCUGAGGUAUGGACACGUGCCUCUUCUGUGGGCAGACUCUGGGUGCCUUUGCAAGCUGGUGUCAGCGGGGUAUCAGGGCACACACCUGCAGGCCCAGCCAAGCUGGCAAGGCCCCAACCCUGGUGGCAGUCCUGGUCCCCAUGGGAAGCACCACAGCUCCUGGCUCUGCCCUUUUGGGGCCUAGCAGGAGCUCUGAGGGUGGGCAGGCUGGAACCUCCUCACCAGCCCACUGCUGGCUGGCCUAGUUCCCCUGGCAGGGCCCUUGUACAGUAAGAGGAGUCCCUCAAGGCAUCCUGGACCCAGGCAGCCAGUAGGCCUGACACAGGCCUUGGGUGGAGGAUGGAAGCACUGCAUCAUCUAGUUCUGUAACAUGAGACCCUCCUGCCUGAGCUGUCUGCACCCAGAAUCAGACCCAGAACCUC